CUUUGUCACGCUGUCAGUCCUUGUCAUUGAAUAUUGUCAUCAUAUUCAAAACUGAUUUCCGAAUCGAAACCAAAAUAUCGUGUGGUAUUUAAAGUCAUUAUAUUUACUUUAGUGGAGUUAAAAGUGGAAAAGUACAAAAGCAUAUUGCUUAGCUUAGCCUUGGCAAGUUUUUGGCCAAAUUAAGUCUAAUAACCAUUGAGCAGCAAUGUUUUCGUCGUCCAAAGAAAAGUCCCCAACGCACACUAGAAUGAAUUCAACAAAUUUAUACGUAACUACAACUCAAAUUAUACUAAAGGCUGACCCUACAAACCCACAGUCAUGGCAGGACUUGUAUAGACUGAUACCCUAUCUUAGGAACUCAUUGUGUUGUGUAGUCUGUUCAAUGUUAUUAGUAGAUCCAUUAACUCCUACAGACGCUCAAUGCCAACAUCAUUUAUGUAGAAGAUGUAAAGGAGGGCGCAAGAAAAUAAAACCUCAGUGUGAAAGCUGCAAAGAGUGCAUUGACUAUAAUGAGAACAAAAGUUUACGAAUAUUAAUGCAACUCUAUAAAAAAAUGUGUUUUAAUGUUAUUAAUUCUAAAAUUUUCAAGUGCAUUAAGAUUCAAGCUAUCCAACCAAGUCCAGGAUUUCAAAGAGGUGCUAGUAAUUUAAUUCAACUUAUAAAAGAGGGAGCUAUGUUUCAGGAUGAUUAUGAAAGUCGAGGAGGCUUGCCAAAAUCAAGUUACUCGAUAUUGCCCUGUAUAUAUUCAAAUUCCUCUGGCACACAAAAUCACACUGUGUCUCAACAAAAUCAAACAGAUACUCUAAAGACCCAAAACGCUAAUAACCAUCACAGAACGUCUCUAUAUUCCGUUGUUUAUCCCGGUUCAGGUAAUAAGAUUACCAUUAAAAGGAAACCAAAGGAUUGUACAAAUAGCAGUGCAAAUAAUGUUUUCAUAAGUAAUAAUAUAAGUUCUCUACAACCAAAGGAAUUUCCGGAAAAGGUAGUAUUCAAGAAGCCCUGCACCAAACCAAAAAAAGGGUGUCGGUGUGGUAACGCUACUGCUACACCUGGAAAAUUAACCUGCUGUGGACAAAGAUGUCCGUGUUAUGUUGAAAGUAAAGCUUGUAUUAACUGCAAAUGUAGAGGUUGUCGCAAUCCUCAUCGGCCAGAUGGAAACAAAGUGAUGCCUUUUAUCCCCGAAUUGAAACCUCCCCAAAUAGUCGUACCUCCAAUUCAGGAUAUUCAUGUCCAACAAAUCCAAGUAAUAACGCCAUCAGUUCCAUCAACUUUAAAUGAUGAAUCCAUGAGUGGCGGAAUUAAAUUAGAUGCCAUUCAGUUAGAUACUCAUUUUAAUGCCGAGUCACUAAAUAACCAGUUUAAGGCUUAUAAAUUUUUAGACAAUGGUUUUGACCCAAUACAAACCUUAACUAGUUCAGAUCUGUUAACCUAUGGGGUACAUGAAGAUGACGAAGAAACUGAUAUUAUGGUAGCAUAACUCCCCGUUUUUUAUUUCCAUAUUAUAUUGAAACGAAGGCAAUUGAUGCAUUCAGUGAUAACAUAACAGUGAUUUUAAUGGUGUUUUCAUUAGCAACAUUGAAAAAUUCAUUAUUUUUAUUAAUUAUAUUCGAUUACCAUUCCAUACUCUUUUUCAAGUGAAUGCGAAUUUGAUAGCAGUUAGUUUCAAAAGAGGACACAUUGUAUUGUAAUUGUGAUAUUUUAUUAUUGAAAUUAGGAUUAACAUAUAUUUUUUUAUUUGAAAAUAUCUAUCGUACUAGCUCAAUUGAUUCACUGUACAUAAAGUGCAUAUGUAUAAAGAA